GAGAGGAUGAUGCCAUGUCAGAGGUCCUCACCGUAGACGCCAUUUUGUUUGGGCUCCUGGUAUUUUCUGGCAUUCUGGGAAACAUCUUGGUCAUCCAUGUGGUGUUUCAGUCGGCCAUCAAGAGCCCGUCUCGGAGACUGGCCCCGUCCGACACCAUCCUGGUGCAUCUGUCUUUAGCCAACCUGCUGACUUCGCUGUUCCGCACCGUCCCCAUCUUCGUGUCGGACCUGGGCCUGGACGUGUCCCUGUCCCCGGGCUGGUGCAGGGUCUUCAUGCUGCUGUGGGUGUGGUGGCGAGCCGUGGGCUGCUGGGUGACCCUGGCGCUCAGCGUUUUCCACUGCACCACCCUCCGGCGGCAGCACGUCAACUUCGGCCCGCUGGCGCUGCAGAGGGAGCGGCGGCGGGUGUGGAUCGUCCUCGGGGUGGUGUGGGGGGCCAACCUGGCCUUCUCCGUCCCGGCGCUGGUGUACAGCACCCACGUCCACGGCAACGCCACGGUGGAGCUGAUGGUGAUCAGCUGCACCACCCGGCCGCUGCUCGGCUGCAUCUGGGAGUUCCCCUCCGAGCAGCAGGGCUCGGCCUUCGCCUCCAGCUCGCUGGCGCUCAACGAGGUGCUGCCCCUGGUGCUGAUGGUCUUCACCAACCUGGCCACGCUGCACGCGCUGGCCAAGCACAUCCGGGCGGUGACGUCCGGAGGGGAGUCGGGCGGAGCCGGCGGGGAGCUGGACAAACACGUGUCGAGCGAACGCAAGGCGGCGCACGUCAUCAUGUCGCUGGUGUCGCUGUUCGUGGUCUGCUGGGCCCUGCAGGUCGCCGCCGUGACGUAUUACAACCACGACGGCGGGCAUCACGCCGAGGGGCUGCUCACCGUGGCUCAUUUCUCAGCCUCGCUGUUCGUGGGGUUCAGUCCCAUGGUGGUGGCGCUCGGACACGGCAAGCUGAGGAGGAAAAUCACCAGUAUGAUACUCGGAUGGACAAAGGUUUUUAAAGGUCACGGCGAGGACAGAGGGGUGAGGAGGAAAUCUCCAAAGAAGGGAAAGGAGCCAGUUUUUGUUGUUCAGAAAGAGAUGAAAGGAAAAGUUAAAGUGAAGAAAUGACGGAAGGAAACAGUGACUUUAAAUGUACACCUUGGAAAUAAGACCGAAGAGAUCCACCAACCUUCUGAAUGGAAAACCAGCGCAGAAUAUUCACCUCCCUGUUUGUAAAGUAUUAUUAUGACUUUAUAUCUUUAUAAUUCAGAUGUUUUGUUUCUUUUUCUUUUUUUUAAACAAAGCUUUUCUUCCAAAUCCC